CUGGGGGCGGGGCCGGGCCGGGGCGGGGCGGGGCGGUGGCAGGGUCCUAGGCUGGCGGCGGCGGCUACGGCGGCGGCGGCGGCGGAGGCGACAUGGAGAGCGGGGCCUACGGCGCGGCCAAGGCAGGCGGCUCCUUCGACCUGUGGCGCUUCCUGACGCAGCCGCAGGUGGUGGCGCGCGCCGUGUGCAUGGUCUUUGCGUUGAUCGUGUUCUCGUGCAUUUUCGGCGAGGGCUACAGCAACACCCACCAGUCCAAACAGAAAUACUGCGUGUUCAACCACAACGAGGACGCGUGCGGCUACGGCAGCGCCAUUGGGGUGCUAGCCUUCCUGGCCUCGGCCGCCUUCCUAGUGGUUGACGCCUAUUUCCCCCAGAUCAGCAACGCCACUGACCGCAAAUACCUGGUCAUCAGCGACCUGCUCUUCUCAGCUUUCUGGACUUUCCUGUGGUUCGUUGGUUUCUGCUUCCUCACCAACCAGUGGGUGGCCACCAAGGCGGAAGACGUGCUAGUGGGGGCCGACUCGGCCCGGGCAGCCAUCACCUUCAGCUUCUUCUCCAUCUUCUCCUGGGGCGUGCUGGCCUCCCUGGCCUACCAGCGCUACAAGGCCGGCGUGGACGACUUCAUCCAGAACUACGUGGACCCCACUCCAGACCCCGGCACCGCCUACGCCUCCUACCCUGGUGCGUCUGUGGACAACUACCAACAACCGCCCUUCACCCAGAACGCUGAGACCACGGAGGGCUACCAGCCGCCCCCUGUGUACUGAGCUGCGGCCGGAACGGUCAGGGGAGCAGAGAGGGCGCUCGGGGGCCUUCGCUCUAUGCUGGACUCCUCCCGUGAGCUUCGCCUCCUGGAGCUGCGGCCCCCUCACCCUGCCGGGUGCCCGUCGGAGCCGCGCAUGGCCUGGAGAGCCCCCGCUUCCCCUGCCCUGGCUGCCGGGCUCCCUCUAGCAAGGGCUUCGCCCACCCACUCCUCAAGGGCAUUUUUUGGAAAAGGGUUUUUAGCCAGAUGUGUUUUGUCAUUGCUUUUAAUGAUCCCCAACCCCAGUUGGAAUAGCUAGAAGUGCCCGACACGCUUUUUGACAAGUGCCUUAGCUUCUCCCCAGCCCAAAGGAGCCGGGCCCAGGUCCAGGACCUGGGCCCUGGUGGCCACAGUUACUCGGGGUUCUGUGCCAAAGAGGAGACUGUGGGGCCAGGGCCCCCUUUCCUGCUCACUCAGGUUUGUUCCCCACCUCCUGGCGCUGCUGUGUCCCCAGCCUCCUGCCUGCCCUGGGAGCCAGCAGCCCCGUGCUCACUGCUGUAGCAUCUGCUUGCUCUUGGAUCUAGGGUCAUCGCCCCAUGCCAGUGCCUCCGGACUGCCUGCCUGCCUGCCGGCCGUGGCGCUGGAUGCCCACCCCAGGGGGCACCGGGAGGCAUUCCCUCCGCCUUGCUCCCAGCCCUUGGCAACCGGGAGGGGCUUUGCCUGCCGGAAAACACCCAGCUUUAUGUAAAUACUCUGCCACUGUGAGGUGUGGGGUGUAUCCGCAGCCCCUGGGCUGUUCUGAAUGUAUUAAAAAGCCUUGGGGGUAAGAUGCAGACCCUUGGUUCUGUUAGACUGAUUUGAAGACGGAAUAAAUGUUUUUCUCGUUCAUAA